CGCAACUCAAGUCCGCAGUAUAAAUCCACAUCGCCAAAAAAAUGAGUGCUCCCCUCACUCUGAGGUUCCAUUUCCAAGUGUGAAUUCGUUGAAUUUAGAGAGAGAAAGUUAAAAAAAAAAAAAAAUUUUAUCCAGCGCUCUUUCGAACCGGAGCUCCCCGAAUUUCACUAAAUGGGAGGGGAAGAAACAGUGUCAGAGGUGCCUGAGGCUACAGCCAAUGGCGAAGCUUCAAAAACGGAAAAGAAGGAAACCACAAUAGAAGAGGAAGUAAAAGGGAAAGAAACUGUAGAGGAAGAGGAUAAGAAAGAUGAUGCUAAGGUUGAUCCCCAACCCAUGGAUGUAGACAAAGAUGACAACAAAGAGGGCGACGAGUCAAAGGCCGAGGUUGAAGAACCUAAGAAACAAGUUGAGGAAGAAGGAAAGGAAAACAAAGUGGAAGAGGGCAAGGAAGAAAAGAAGGGUGAUGAAAUGAAAGAGGACAAAGAUGCUAAAUCCGAGGAAAACAAUGAAAAUAAGGUUGAAGCCAAUGCUGAUGAAGGGAAAGACAUAAAGGAUGAUACCGAUGAAAAGAAAGAGGAAAAGGAAGCCACAGUUGAAGAAGAGGAGAAAAAGGAAGACACUGAUGGGGUCCAAGAGGAAAAGACAGAUACAGAUGAAGUAAUGGAGGAAAAGGAAGGUGCAGAUGAAGACCCAGAAGACAAGAAAUCUGCGGAUGAGGCUGAAGACCAAAAGGAAGAUGCUGAUGAGGUUAAAGAAGAUAAGGAAGAUGCGGAUGUCGUAAUGGAGGAAAAGAAAGAUACAGAAGAUGUCAAGGAGGAAAAAGAAGAGGUCAAAGAGCCGAAAAACACAAAGAAACGUUCAAAGAGAACUAGUUCGGCUGAGAGAAGCAAAGACAAGAAAAAGGAAGUUGAAAAGAAAAAGGAGGAGCCCAAAACUCCAGUUGCUCCUUUGAUUGACCGCCCUGUUCGCGAGCGUAAAUCAGUCGAAAGGCUUGUUGCUGCUAUUGAAAAUGAUGCGAACAAGGAAUUUCGUAUUGAAAAGGGUCGUGGAACUGCUCUUAAAGAUAUCCCUAAUGUGGCCCAAAAGUUAUCAAGGAAGAAGAGUGAGGAAACUUUGAAGUUGAUGCACACAAUCCUUUUUGGGAGGAGGGGCAAGGCAACACAGAUCAAGAGUAAUAUUUCACGCUUUUCAGGGUUUGUGUGGCAUGAGAAUGAGGAAAAGCAAAAGCUAAAAGUGAAAGAAAAAUUAGACAAGUGUGUUAAAGAGAAAUUGGUGGAGUUUUGCGAAAUUCUUGAUAUAUCUGUUUCAAGAGCAAAUACCAGGAAGGAAGACAUUGUUGUAAAGUUAAUGGAGUUUUUGGAGGCACCCCAUGCUACAACUACUGAGACGCCGGAUGAGAAAGAACUGUCAAGUAAGGGAAAGAAGCGUCAGAGAUCAAGUAGUAGUGGUGGGUCAGCAAGUACACCUUCUAGAGGUUCAUCUAAGAGUCGAAAGAAAACAGACGGUGCAUCUGCUAGACAUGAGGAGAAAAAGAAUUCUGCCGAAUCAGAAGCCGAAUCUGAAGGAGUAGAGGAAGAAGAAGUGGUGCAAGAGGAAGCAGAUAAGGAGAAUGCUAAUGGUCUUCCUGAAAAAUCAGAUGAUGAGAUGUCUGAUAAAGCUGAAACUGAGAAGGAAAAUGAAUCUGAAACAGAUUCUGAGGUGGAGAAAGAAGAGAAGAAACCUGUUUCGAAAAAGGCAUCUACAAAGAAGGAAUCUGCUGGUAAUUCGAAAAGUAAAAAAGUUGUUACCCCAAAGAAAUCCACCGCACCUUCCAAAUCCACCCCGGUUUCCAAAUCCACCCCUUCAAAAUCAACACCGAGCCGCUCAAAAGCCACUCAGAAGACUGUUUCCAGUGCAAAGGGGACCUCAGGGAAGAAGAAAACCGAAGUAGAAGCCAAGGUGAAGCCAUCAACGCCGAAGAAGUCUGCUUCGAAGGAGAGUACUGGUUAGACUCUAUUUUACUCCUUUGGAUUGUUUUUUUCUCACUAGAUUUUUGAAGCCUUUGCUGCUCUUUUCCUGUCGUUGGUAGAUACUGUGAUGAUUAAUAUCAUCUCAUUAUUUUCAAUAGCUCUGGAGCCAGAGCUGCAAUUGCUGUUUACGUUUGUUCUUUUACAAACCUGUUGGUUUACGACCGAACGAGAGAUAUUGACCAUUGAUGAAAGUGCCCCUUCUUUUUAUUUUUUUUGUGCAUGACAUCUGAUCUUGGCACAAUCAGAAUCAGGGUUUUAUAGGGCCUCAAUUUUCUUGCCCUAGCAGCCGCCAGGAAAUUCACAAACUUGUGCUGUAAAAAUUAAUCAUUGCUUCGCAAAAUGUCCUGUUUUUAACUUUUUUUUAUCCGCACACAGGAAAGAAGAGUGAGAAAAAAGGGAAGGAGAAGCCUAAAGAUGAUAAAUCCAAACCAACUGAUGAUGAUCUGAGAAACGCAAUAUGUGAAAUUCUGAAAGAAGUAGACUUCAACACGGUUAGAAGACAUACUGUUUGACAGUUUAAAGCGAUCUUUUUAUUCUUGUGCUUUAUCGGAUCUGAUUUGUUUUAAUUGUGCAGGCUACCUUCACCGACAUUCUGAAGCAACUUGGUAUGGGUCUAUAACUCAAAUUUUCAUAACUGAGGCUUCUCAUGAUAUGCUAGCUUCGCACUUAUGUUGACAUUGUGUUGUCUGUGAGUUUCAGCGGAGCGGUUCAAGACAGAUCUCGCGCCGAGAAAGUCAAGCAUCAAGCUCAUGAUCCAGGACGAACUUACGAAGCUAGCCGACGAGGGAGAUGAUGAGGAAGAAGAGCCUGAAGGUGAGAAAGACAAUAGACAGACUUCCAGCCAAGACGUGAAGGCCUAAGAAUCUAGAUAGGGAGGAAAUGACCACAGAGAAUUAUAAUGUAGCCUUUUUGGUGACUGACUGUUAAAUUUGUUGCAUGUUGUUAUCUGGAGACCUGAUUGGGAUAACUUAGCGGUACUUUAUGUGUUAGAGUUAGUCUGCACAGGCAAUGAAUGGUGUAUCUGCCCUUGGCUUCUGCGCAUAUGGCAGUUUGUUCAUGUACACACACACAUAUCCUUUGUUAGGACUUCUGUUUCUGUGGUUUUGUUGUGGUAGCUAGCUAGAUGACCUUCAGUCAGUUGCAUUAUCAGAUGGAUUAUUAUCUUUCUUUGUAUCAGUAAAGUGUAAUUGCCGAUUUAAAACUCUUUUCUUUUUUUGUUUUUCUAUUAUACAUUCAUCGAGUUUGCAC